GAAAUCUCACAGCAGCAGCUCGGGGCGGCGAGUCUGCAGUAGUCAGGGGAUCCUUCUGGACCUCAAACAGCACCAAUAGCAGUCAAGACGCAAACGCAUCCCCGACGUCGAUGUUCAUGAACAGAACAGGUAAUCCUCAUGAAGCAGCGCCUGGACUCGUGUCUUUCAGUGAUAUUCGUAGACCGAUUUCUGCGGUAAGUGGCAGUACGUCCGUGAUUUCUCGUCCCGGCCUGGCAGCGGUCGGAGGCAGAGAUCCACGCGGCUUACCUCGUGGUGCCUCCUCCUCUGCUGUCAACUUCUCUGGGGGAGCUCUUCAUGCCAGCAGUGCCUCCUCUACUAGGCACGAACUGCAGCUGCUUCAGGCCAGUGGAAUACGAAACAGACAUCACCAGCAAGCAAUCGACGCGAUUGCAGGCGUUGCUCAGCCAGGGAGCGAGUUGAAUUUUCUCGGAUGGCCACCACUUGACCCACGGCCAUACUUGGAUGUGCCACCGCCUGGUGGCUCCUCGUCCUCACGAGGAGGGCGCUUGCGACUUCGACGUGGCCGUACCAAUGCAACCUCUACCGUUCCAGCAAUGACCACUAGAGCGUCCAGGGGAAUUAGUAGGUCGAGGAGCAGGAGAAUCGUGCAAGGACAAGGAGAACAACAAGAACAGCAAGUUAAGAUGACCACAAGAACAGCCAGAACGUUAGAAAUAAGCUAAAGCUUUCAAACAUCAUGCCUGCGGUUGCGCUUUGUAUGAACAAGAUGUGCUUUUAUCAAAAUGCGGGUCUAACUCUAAACAAAAUGCGGGAGAUUCGGCUGGAGGACCGCUACCAAGAGGUGUAUCUGACGGGGCGCAGGUGGGGGAAAGCCGCUUCGAGAGUCGCGCGAAUGUUUCUGGUGUGACUUCUGUUUCUGACACGUCAAGCAAUCUUGUUAACGAAAUAGAGAACCAGGAUCGGCAAGAGUCUGUUUUUGUGAGUGUCGAUCCGGUCCCGCCAGCUGCACAGCGGCAACGACAACGUGGUCGGGAC